AUGACGAAAAUGGCGGACAACGCAUCAUCGGUCGAGAUUGUUGAGGGCUGUCGCCUCCCCGUUCUUCGUAAAAACCAAGAACACGAAGACGAAUGGCCGUUGGCUGAAGUUUUAAGUGUGAAGGAAGUCUCUUCGAGAAAGCUUUACUAUGUUCACUAUAUUGACUUCAACAAGCGACUGGAUGAGUGGGUCACAGUGGACAGGCUGGACAUGAAGAAGCUCCAGUUACCUAAGAAAGAAGCUAAAACGCCAACCAAGAACGGUCUUCCAGGCUCCCGUCCCGGUUCUCCAGAGAGAGAAGUGAGGAAGAGUCUAGAUCUCAACGUACAGUCUGCCUUAGCUCCUUCCAGAGGCAAAACCCUCCCCACACCGCUAUCGGGUCAUGGUGAACUGCAUGGGACUCCAGAAUUAAACAACCACGAAAUAAAAAAGGAAGAUACUGAUCCGGCUGUGCAGAUCACGUCGGGAAGUGGUUUAACGCACAGCGUUUCCAAAUGUUUGUCAAGUGUAUGCACUGGACUUGUCAAGCCACAUUUCAACUUCAAGUCUUUCAAGAAGAGAAAAGUAGAGCCCGUUUCCUUGGCGACUCAGGUACCCCCGGCCACCCCUGUGCCCUCCCUGUCAAGUUCAACUGAAGCCUCUCAGGCCUCUGUUUUUCCUGCUGUGAGGGAUCCCAACACGUUUAAAUCCCGGGAAGACCAUGAACCGAUCUCCUCGCUCACAACGAACGGCACAGCCCGGCGGCUCAUCCCCUCGCAGCCCGGGAGGAAGAGAAAAGCUAAUUGUGGGGGAACUGACGAGAUGAUAAAGGUUUUGCAGUACAACAACCCGCAAAGUGCCAAUGUCUUUCUACCACCACCAGAGGAUUCCCAAGACAGUUCAGACGGCAUCCCGUCUGCACCCCGCAUGACGGGCAGUCUGGUGUCCGACCGCAGCCACGACGACAUCGUCACCAGAAUGAAAAACAUCGAGUGUAUAGAGUUAGGACGUCACAGACUGAAGCCCUGGUACUUCUCACCAUACCCACAGGAACUCACCGCUUUGCCCAUCCUCUACCUCUGUGAAUUCUGUCUCAAGUACCUCAAAAGCCUGAAGUGUCUCCAGAGGCAUUUGGCAAAAUGUAAUCUAAGACAUCCUCCAGGCAACGAGAUCUACCGCAAAGGCACCAUCUCAUUUUUUGAGAUCGACGGCAGGAAAAACAAAACUUAUUCCCAGAACCUGUGUUUACUUGCAAAGUGUUUCCUGGACCACAAAACCUUGUAUUACGACACGGACCCUUUCCUCUUCUAUGUAAUGACAGAGUAUGACGCCAAAGGCUUCCACAUUGUGGGCUACUUUUCUAAGGAAAAAGAGUCGACUGAAGAUUAUAACGUAGCCUGCAUCUUGACCUUGCCUCCCUACCAGCGGAGAGGCUAUGGCAAACUGCUCAUUGAGUUCAGUUACGAGCUGUCUAAGGUAGAAGGGAAGACGGGGACUCCUGAGAAGCCCCUUUCUGACCUGGGUCUUCUGUCCUAUCGUUCCUACUGGUCCCAGACCAUCUUGGAAAUUCUCAUGGACCUUAAACCUGACAAUGGAGAAAGGCCGCAGAUUACAAUCAAUGAGAUCAGUGAAAUCACAAGUGUAAAGAAAGAAGACGUCAUUUCAACGCUUCAGUACCUAAACCUCAUCAACUAUUACAAGGGUCAGUACAUCCUGACUCUUUCAGAGGACAUUGUGGACGGUCAUGACAGAGCGAUGCAGAAGAGACACUUGCGCAUAGAUCCAAAAUGCCUUCACUUCACCCCUAAGGACUGGAGCAAGAGGGGCAAGUGGUAGAGUCCCCCCCCCCCCCUCCCCCAAACCGCCAGAUAGCAGACUUGAAGCAACCAGUGGAUCCGAUCAAGGUUUUUGUCGGGGUUUCUCACGCAGAACCUCAGAACCUUCUUGAACCCAGGACUCUUUCAGAUGCCACACAACGGACAUGAAUUGUCACUUGAGCCGCAAACACUUUUAUUGUGAAUAUUCAUUGUAUAUUGUGAAUUUAAAAAGCUCUCGAACUUGGGGACAACAGAGGGACUGGUUAACCGUGACGCCGCCAAAAUAUACAACACACCUUCUACUGUGUAAAAGAUCCUGUUUGUGACCAACAGUGCGUGUGAAAGUCCGAUGGGGUGUUUGUUCAAUAGUGUACAUUCAAGCCUACGAUGGCCAACUUGCAGACCGCCGUAUGGAAACAAUAUUGUUUUCUAGAUCGACAGUGAAUCCUCUCAUCUGUUGACGAGUCCACAUUCUGUAAAAAUCACAAAGAGCAUUUAUUUUCUUUAAAUUCAACCAGGAACGUUCAUUUUGUUUUAAGUGUGAUUUUUGUCUACAUGCUUUGAAUCUGCCACACGAGGAGGAGGUGGUGUCGAAAUGUUGUCGUCAGAAUGAUUAAUUUACCUCACAAAAUGUCAUAUUCCUAGUGUGAUACUUUCCAACAACGUCACUGGUCCUACAAGUCAUAUUUAAGAAACCACAGUUGAUGACGAGUACUCGGCUUCAAGCACUCCUUAGACGACGGGACGGCACUCCGACAUCUUGUCUUCACUUUCUACCUUUUUUUUUGUACGAAGUGUGCAGGAUUCAAAAUGUCUCAAACACCUCUUAACACCACAAGUUUGAAUUGUUUAUAAAAUACAAUACUGACUGAUGAGCAUGUGACGCUUGCACUCACUUAUGAACAAAGACUCUUGAUCAAUGUAUCGUGAGUUGGUAAAAGGAACACAAUGUUAGGAUCUGCAAACAUUAUAAUUCUCAUCUCGGCGAACAGAUAGUAACUUUAAGUUCAUCUCGAUUCUCCGCCAGUGCCUGAAUUAUUAUUUUUUUUGUCUUUCAAAGAACAGCGAGGACAGAAAUGUUCUCGCAGUAAUAUGGCUCACUUGUAAAUAAAAAAAAUGGUUAACGGUAUUUAAUUAAACGGCCAAAACAGCUUUGAUGAAGACAAACAUUAAAAAAUAAGCAAAGUCUACCGUUAUUAUAUUGCUUAAGAGCCAAUGUGGACACUUCAGGUUUGUUAACUUUUAUAGUAGCAAGUCUGCUUUCAUUUCCCUGUUUUAUAUUGUUGGAAGUAUUUAUGCUCUUUGUGAUCAUUCAGGAGAUUCUUCCUUUUUUAAUAUAACUCCGUGUCAUAAUCAUCUGUGUGCAAUGAGACAAAUCAAUUCCCCAUGUUAGACCACAUGUCACCCGUAACUGUACAUAAUGGACCUGAUUGUAAAAAGAAAAGAAAAGAAAAAGCUGCGAAGACAGAAGCCAUGUUGAACUGUUCGAGGAAUGUAAAUUAUGUGUACAGUUGUCCUUCGUGUCCUUUUUGUACUUAAUGUAAACUAACUGGCUGCACAAUAUCAACAGGAAAAAACAAAUGGUAUCUUAUACUUUCGGUUUGUGUUUUAUGUUUACAUGCCACAAAGGUUGUUAAAUUUACCCUGUUGAAAGGAUUUAGAACAUCUUUAAGUGAAACACAGUUGACGGUAUACUUUGAGCAUUUGAUAUAAAAAAAGGUUCUUGACUUGAUAAAAAAAACUCUUAAAAACCAUAAAAGUUUCUUAAAUGUG